AUGCUCUUACCAAUAUUAUUAUCGUUAUUUAUAUAUUCGAGAUUAGUAAAUGCUAUAAUUCCAUUUGAUGGAAUUAUUCAUCGAUCAACAGAUGGUACUUCUUAUGCAUAUUUAUCGCCGCCAAAAACAGGCAAUCAUGCAUCAUUCAUUGAACAAAUGACACCAUCUGGAACUUUAGCUGUUGCUUGGUUUACUGGAGGUGAAAACGAACCGAAUUGUUCUAUUGCACUUUCACUUUUACAUAUUGGUUCACAACAAUUUACACCAGGUGUUAUUGUUAGUGAACGUGCAAAUUAUUCCAAUCAAAAUCCUGUUCUUUUUUGGGAUAAUCAAGCACAAAUAUUACAUUUAUAUCAUUCAUCACAAUUAGGUAAUGCUGGUGAAAUAAAUUCACAAAUAUGGCAUGUACAAAGCAAAGAUCAAGGUUCAUUUGAUCGUAAUCGUAUUAUUCCAACAAUGAACAACGAUGGUGUAUUGCUUCCAUGUUAUAAUACCACAACAAAUUCUGGAUAUUCAUUUAUACUUCGAUCAUCAUUCAUCAAUUCAUCAUGGACACGUAUUAAUUUUCCAUUGACUAAUAAUCUUAUUCAACCAUCGAUUAUUCGUUUAAAUAAUUCUCCACAAUUACGAAGUUUUUUUCGUGAUAGAAAUGCUCAAUCAAUAUAUUAUGCUGAUAGUAAUAAUGAUGGCUUAACAUGGUCAGUACCAAAAGUAACAUCUCUACCAAAUAAUGAUGCUGGAAUUGAAAGUUAUACAUUAAAAAAUGGAGCUGUUCUUAUGACAUUUAAUAAUCUUAAUGAAACACAACAACCAAGAUCACCAUUAACAAUUGCACUUUCGUACGACAAUGGGUUGACUUGGCCAUAUAAAAGAAAUAUUCAAAUUCAUGCUGAUGAUAAUACGACAUAUAUUGGAGAAUAUUCAUAUCCAUCUUUAUUACAAACUUCAUGGACUGCAGCAGAUGAUAAUGAUAUACAUUUAGUAUAUACAUAUGAUAGACAAACAAUAAAAUAUGUUCGAUUUAAUGAAAAAUGGAUUAAACAAGGAUUCUAA